CCGAACUUUGAGGCGCUGCUACCGCCACCUGCCCCGUCCCCACGGAGCUACACCGCUCCUGGAAUGCCUCAGAAAAGCCCGGGGGUUGUUCUGAAGGGCCAAUUUCACCCAAAAAUGAGGGUUGGUUCGUGCAGAGAGCUUGGCUUGCAGCUUUCACCUGACAGUCAUGUUUUACUGUCUAUUAAAAUGAUUUUUUUUCUUAUGUAGUUUUCACUUCAGCCCAAGUUAAUGCACUGUUUUGCAGACACCCUUGAAUUUGCCCUCAAGAAGCUGACAUUAUAUAUGCUGGUGUGAUGCCGUUAAAUAUUUUAAGGAAAUGACACAUAAGGAAAAAGCAGCCAAAUAAUUUGAAAAACAAUGAUUUAGAGUGGAGAUGCAAUUUAUAGCAGAGGUGCCAAGAGAAUAAGGCCGAUGAAAACGUGUCUACCUAUUGUCCCCAAACGGGUUCCUUUAACCCGUGUGCUAUUGGCUGGUCCCCACAUAGAGUCAAGCAGUCCUGCAUGAAGCCAUAGCCUAAUUUCCCUGGCACACAAAGGAAGACAGAGGCAAGAAAGGAACAACAACAUCAAGAGGGAAAUCCUCCUCAUAAAUACCUGAAGUCAGAGAGGCUCCAAACCCAGAUCCUGAGGCCUAUUGCAAAAGUUGACACAGAUUUGUUCACUGGCAGAGACACUUGGUUCUCUCCUAGAUCCCAUUCAGCUUAUGCUACAAUGACAACUAGAAUAUGGAAAGAAAACACCUGAAGAAAAAGAUUGAAAAUCUUCUGGGAGAUUAUGUUGGCAUCAGACUACGAGAAAAAGAAUUUGAUCCAAGAGGACAAAGGCCACCCACCUUUCUAGAUGACAUGGUCCAUUACAACUUAGCCCUCAGUGUUGCUUUACUGUGGCUUAGUGACUUGGAUGCUCCGAUUGCACUGACAAGAGAGAAAAUGAGCUUUGCAGCUUGCAACAAAUACACAUAUCCCAACCGAACUGAGAGAGAAGCUAUGAUAUUAUCUUCAUACGCUGGAAUAUUAAUGAACAGCAUUCCUGUAGAAGAGAUCUUUGAGAUUUACAGCAUGAGGCCCUCAGCAACACACUGGCAGAGGUCUGCAAAUGACCAUUGGAUUCAACCUUUCAGGUUCUCCCUGCAUCCAUUUGCCAUGCUGACUGCCCCUGAAGCUGCAGAGUAUGUCUGGAAGCAAAGCAUCAAGUACCAGACAGCAACAGCACAUAAAAAGCAAGGACCUUGUUCAGCAAGGAGAAGAGCUAAAAAGGACCACAAGCAACUAGACCCACUGACCAGAGGAAAGCAACACAUUGACAAAGGAGCUACAGAAGCAAAACAAGGAAUCUCUCCAAGGAAGCCUGGAACAGAUUCAAAAGUGAGGAAUGCAAAGGAAGCAAAGACAUAACAAAAAACCUAGACUUCACAUACCUCACUUAGUUGUAGGUCUCUGAUGAUUUGCCUCUGUUAUGUCCAUGCUGUGUUGCCGAAGAACACUCCCCAUUUCCUAGAUGGGCUGUCAACUUUCAUCCUUGUACUGACUCCACCUUGGAAUAUAAGCUGGAUGUGGUUCUCCUUCCACAUCCCUCUCUUCCUCUGUCACGAAGCUUGAGCACACAAUAUGGAAUGUUUGUAUUAGACUCCUUCUACCUAAUUCCAUAGAAAUUUCAGGGCUCAGUGGGAUUGAAGUAUUUGCUGCUGAGAGGUGCGUUUAACAUUAAUUGCAGGGUAGAGAGACUUCAUUAGGGCUCUUUACAUAUAAAAAUGAAGAUUCCCAGAUACUUGUAGCCAGGGGAUAGACAGUUAUCCAAAGUAGGGUCAUAUAUUGGACAGCUGCAUUAACCCAUCUCUUGGAGAUGGUCCUGUACUCUAACACAAAGUAUCUGGUAAAGGAAAAACCAAUAAACAUUUGUGAAGCAAAAACAUUUUUCUCCUUUCUGCUGGCUCUGAGUCACUGAGCCUAUUUAUGGAGAUGCCAAAAGACAGCACUACACAAGAAAGCCUGGGAAUGGUUAAAUUUAAUCAGGGAUUAAAGGGUCUUUUAGACUUCCUCAUGGACUCAAAGCUUGCUUUCAGCUUACCAGGUUCACAGUGUUUUGUUUUUUUAAUAUAUCACAAAUUUCCUGUUAAAAUCACCUGUCCUUUCAAUUCUGAUUUGUCCCUGGGGAAAGCCCUGACUACAGAUUGAUACAUUUAGAAAUUACAGAUUAACCAGUGACUCUUUGUGCUGAUAUAGAUGGGGCUUCUUAGCCGUACCAUCCAUCCCCACACUUUCCUUUCAAGCCAUGUAAGCCCCAGUUCUAGGCCUUAAGGAGUCAGGUGAGAGGGCCAGGGGGGACCUGAGGUAAACAGCAACAUCACCUUCUAUAUUACACAGGAACUCUUUAAGAAUUUCUGCAGCAUCAGCUGUU